AUGUCCACGGAAGCCACACAGCCCACAGCCAACAAAGCCGCUGCUGCUGCCCCAAAUGCCAAGCAGAGCAAAAAAUCAAAAAAGCAGGAGUCCCAGUUUCUCUUGAAAACCCCAAAGGGUACCAAGGACUGGGCCGAUAAGGACAUGGUGUUGAGAGAGGAGAUCUUCGGCACCUUGAGCUCUUUGUUCAAAAAACACGGUGGUGUGACCAUCGACACGCCGGUGUUUGAGCUCCGAGAGAUUCUUACGGGAAAGUACGGUGAAGACUCCAAAUUGAUCUACAACUUGGAGGACCAGGGAGGCGAAUUGACCUCCUUGAGAUACGACUUGACCGUUCCGUUCGCCCGUUUUGUCGCCUGCAACAGCAUCAGCGCCAUCAAGCGUUACCACAUCGCCAAGGUCUACAGAAGAGACCAGCCGGCUAUGACCAAGGGCAGAAUGAGAGAGUUCUACCAGUGUGACUUUGACAUGGCGGGCAACUACGACGUGAUGGUGCCCGAUUCGGAGAUUUUGGUCAUUUUGUGUGAGGGUUUGACGUCGUUGGGUGUUUCCGACUUCAAGGUCAAGUUGAACCACAGAAAGAUCUUGGACGGUAUCUUCCAGGCUUGCGGUGUGAAGGACGAGGACGUCAGAAAGAUCUCGUCUGCGGUGGACAAGUUGGACAAGUCUCCAUGGGAGGCUGUCAAGAAGGAGAUGACCGUGGAGAAGGGCCAGACCGAGGAGGUUGCCGAUAAAAUUGGUGAGUUCGUCAAGGUGAGCGGCUCCAUCCGUGAAACCUUGGAGUUCUUGUCGUCGUCUGAGCUUUUGAAAACCAACGAAAGCGCCCAGAAGGGUAUCGAGGAAAUGGCCGUUUUGGCCGACUACGCCGAGGCUUUCGGUAUCUCCAACUUCUUGUCCUUUGACUUGUCUCUCGCGAGAGGUUUGGACUACUACACUGGUUUGAUCUACGAGGCUGUCACUGCCGCUUCUGCUCCACCAAAGAACGCUGCUGAGUUGAAGGCCAAGGCCAAGAAGGACUCUGAGGAGGAUGCGUCUGAGUACGUUGGUGUUGGUUCGAUUGCUGCCGGUGGUCGUUACGACAACUUGGUGGGUAUGUUCUCCAACGGCAAGUCCAUCCCAUGUGUGGGUAUUUCUUUCGGUGUCGAGAGAAUUUUCUCCAUCAUCAAGGCCAGAGCCGCUAAGGAGUGGGAGUCUCUUUCUGCUUCUCAGACCGACGUUUACGUUAUGGCGUUUGGCGGUGGUCCUGACUGGACUGGUUUCUUGCCACAGAGAAUGUCUGUUGCUAAGCAAUUGUGGCAGGCUGGUAUCAGCGCUGAGUACGUCUACAAGGCUAAGGCCAACCCUAGAAAACAGUUUGAUGCUGCCGAGAAGUCUGGUGCCAAAUUGGCUGUUAUCUUGGGUAAGGAGGAGUACCCAGAGGGCAAGUUGAGAGUGAAGAAGUUGGGCCAGGGCGAUGACAGUAAUGAGGGUGAGCUUGUGGAGGCUAAGGAUAUCGUUAGCGUUGUUCAGGAGCAGUUGGCUGCCUACAACGGCGGUGAUGCUGACGUUUUGACUCGUUUGGUCAAGAAUUUGUAA